CAGGUGCAGGUGCGGGUGCAUGUAUAUAGUUGUACGCGACGCGGAGACGUGAGCUGGAAGAAACUACGUGUGCGAAGUUGGCGACACGGUUCCGGUGGUGUCGGUAGUUGCUGUGGCAGAAUGGACGGUAGCACAAGUCCGCCGUCGGAUGUGACGGCAAUGGGAAGUGAAAAUGAGGAAGGAUCAAAGACGGAACGAGGCACCGACGACACCGUCACCUCUGUAUCAUCGAAUUCGAUCAAUUCCACGUAUUCCAUUACGCAGCCUGACCAGUCAACAACGAGGGAAUAUCGCGGUCAGGAUUCGAUAAGAGCCGGUUCAGCUUCUCCGCUCCCUACGACCUCGCCGUCUUCGUCGUCAUCGUUGUCCUCUUCGUUGUCACCGCCGCCGCCACCGCAACCGCAACCGGGGUGUGGCUGCGUUCCUGCUACCGUCCUCGAACCUGACGAAAUUACCAUUAGCAUCACGCCGACCACCGGUGGACAAUUUGACCUUACCGUCGAUCGCACCGACACCGUUGAGAAUCUCAAGAAAAUCAUCUCGAAGAGGUUGAAGGUCGCCAAGGAACGGAUUUGUUUAUUACAACGUGAAAGGCAAUUACGCGAAGGAACGCUCGAGGAAAAUCGUUUACAAGAUGGCAGUCGACUUACGUUACUACCGAGCGUCGAAACCGGCCUUCUGGCACAACGACCUGAGCAGAGUGUGAUGCAAGCGCUGGAGAGCCUAAAUGAUUCUCAGGUGAACGACUUUUUGUCUGGCAAGGCUCCAUUGAAUCUCACCAUGCGCCUCGGAGAUCACAUGAUGCUGAUACAAUUGCAACUGUCCACUGUGACGCCACCUUCGCCAACCACCAAUCAGGCGACCAGCAGUACAACCGGAUUGACCAUCGGUGGAAAUAGCCCGAACGGAUCUAAUUUAUCCACCAGCCACGUUUCGACCUCUCUGCAGAGCAGACGAUCCACCGUUUUGGCCGCACGCUCGACCAGCAGCAGCUCCUCGACUAAAUUACAGAACGGCACAGCAGCUUCGCGAUUCUCCCCUUUGAUACGUUUGGCAGAAGCGUUGCACGCAGCCCGUACUAACUGCAGUACCAAUCUUUCGACAGCCACCACCACGACCAGCCCUGUUUGUUCCAGUCGCGCAACUACCGCCCCAUCUGUGUCCUCCACGUCUUCUUACUCGUCGACCAGUCCGCCGCAUUCGUCCUUCUGCGCUAAUCAGUCGCAAUCAACGCGCACCACCAGUAACCAUGGCUCUUCGUCGCCGCCCAACACCACCAAUUCCAGCGCGUGUCAAUCUUGCCUUCUUUAUCAUCAUCACCUUCUUUAUCAUCAUAGUCACCAUCAUCAUCAUCACCAUCACCACCAUCAUCAUCAUUCAAGAAACAAGUCCACGACCUCGCCCAAUACCACCCAGUCAUCCACCUCUGUCGACCAUUUGCAACAAUCUACCUCAACUGGUCAUGGCUGCAUGGAAUCAUCGAUGCCCUACGACGUUACUCCGCCAAGGAAAAAGCUCUGCACCGCUCACCACCAUAGUCAACAGUCCAUGAGUGGCGCAGACUCUACGAGGAGUACCGCCGUGGACGGCGAUUCCAGUGUACAGAGUCCUGCCUCCUCGUUGGCCGAGCAAAACUCGAAAACAGCGACCCUCGACACCAGAGCGUUGGUGGAAGCUUCCCGUAAUUUGACGCAGAAACUAAAGCAGCUCUCCUCUGAGGUACUCACCUCGCGGGUCGACCUCGCAGAGGAAAACGCAAGACGUAGACAAGGUGCAAUAAUAGAGAGUAUGCACCACCAUGGAAAGGGUGUGUACUCUGGUACGUUCAGUGGAACCCUGAACCCAGCUCUUCAAGAUAGACACGGACGUCCUAAGCGAGACAUAAGUACCAUUAUUCACAUUCUGAACGACCUGCUGUGUGCCACGCCAUCAGCCACCGCAGGUCAUUACAGGCAUCAUCAUAGGCAUUCUAGUGGCCGUCAGCAAUCUUCAGCGUCCCCAUCCUCCAGUGGAACGACAACUGUUAAUGGUACAUCAACGUCCAUCGGUUGUCACGAUUCCCCAACACCUGGAUACUCUAGUGAGGAACUGUCGAAGGAAAAUGAAGCAACAAAGGGAAAGAUGAGACGGCUACGUUUGGUGAUGGAACAACGACGCGCCAAGAGAAAAGCCAGAAAACAAGCGAGGGCAGCUCCGUACACCACGCAAUGGGCUGCGGUCACGCCGGAUCCUGAUCCUAAUCACGAUCCAAAUACAUCCAGCACUGCUACCGCCAAUGCAACGGAACCACAAAACGAACCAGAACUACAACCGUGUAGUCCGGAACCGGUUGUAGCUUAAACGCGUGUUAUCUGUUGAAUGGUAACCCUAAGUAGUAUCGCCUUGUAUGAUACAUGCAAUGAAUUUUUCAACUAGCGCACUGAUUUAUUCAAAGAUACGGAUAAACUCGAUCGCUUUUUACGCGUAUAUACCUUUUCACUACGAGAUUUUCUUUGAUACGUACCAAGUACUAUAAGAAAAUGGAUCUCGUUUUCACAUUUUGUUACAUCCGAGCGAAACGUGUCAGAUUGGAAAUCAAGGAGUAUUUAUCGCGACAUGAAUUUCAUUGAUACAGAGACUGUUUAAAAAAACCAAGUACGAUGUUAUAGUUGUGCGCCACAACAUUCUAUACGCAUAAUUUACAGUAUUGCCCUAUGAUACGUGUACCUCCGAUACUGUUUUCAACGUUUCGACACCCUUUCGAUCGAAAGUAAGAGAUAAGAAAAAUUCUAGCAAUAUUAUAAAUACGUGCGAUCAAUAGGUACGAUAAUAGAAAGUUUCAUGGGAAAUGUGCACGUCUCACUGGAAAGUUGCAUGGGGAAUUUAAUAGGGACAAAAAUUGUAAUUGUAAAAGUAAUUGAAUCGCAUUAACAAUGUUUGGCUAUCACUCAGGACUUGAUCAUAGCUGACAAUAAUUCGACGAAUGAAUCAGUGUGACCAGUAUGUACGCCUAUAAUAUAUUAUUGAUCACGUACAAGGGAGAUUCGAUGAACAGACAGAGAAAUCCCAUGAAAAAGAAAGCAUGGUACGCUAAAGGAGUUGUCAAUAGCGAAGACUCCUUUUAAAAACUAGAACAAACAAGACCGUCACUUUGAUCGAUGAUUAUCAAUCUUGUCGGUAUUGGCGUAUACUCAAUUAAUAGUAGACACGAGUAGAAUUUUAAACACUCACACGUCGCGAAUUGCAGGGAAGACUGUUAUAUAAAAGCAAUGUUACAGUGUUUAUUCAUGGUAACCAUUACGAGAAAUUGCAGGCCUGCUGCGAGAAAAUGAAAGAUUUGUUUUCUGAGUGGUAACUAUAUUUGUUUGACUGGUUAAUCUGUAUCACGUUACUGAAUGCAUAUAAGAAGAGUGCAUUUUCUCAAUAUCACUGAUUAGGAAACUUGUGUAUCAAGAAAGCUUUCACUGUAACGCUUUAGUUUUAUCAGUGAAAAAAGAAUUAUGUCUUAACACACUAGCAUUAAUUGCACUUUGCCUACUAAUGUACAUAAUUCAGUAGUGUGAUAUCGAUUGAUCAGUUUGGUGUCAAUAAUUUCAUAUCAGUUCUGGUAUAUGUAAAAAUUGGAACGGAUUGGAAUUUAUAACUUAGAAUCGAAUGGUAAGCUUGGUUGCUCUUCGGGAUCACCAUCGGUUGUCUUUGUUGAGAAGAAGAAAAACAGAACUCAAAGCACGUGGAUAAAUGGUCCUAUAGUUAGAACUAGAUAAUCCUAUCGCAUGGCUUCUAUGCCAAAAUUCAUUUAAGUUUUACUAGGUACUAAAUAAUAUAAUAUUAUCUAAUAGUAUAUUGCGCUAGGUUACUUAGGAGAAAAAAAUAUUAUUAUUAUUAUUAUUAUUAUUAUUAUUAUUAUUAUUAUCAUUACUACUGCUACAGUUUUGCAAACUGGCUCAAUAUUGUAACAUAUGAUUAUCGAAUUCUCUCGAGUACCAAAAUAAAUAAGAUUGCUUGCUAAGCUAAGGAAAAAAAAACAAAAGUCCAACUUUAGUCUUGUUUAAAUGUGACAUCGUCUGUUGAGUAUUUGUUAUUAUUGUUAUUACUGUUUAUUACCUGUAAAAUUCGCCGAUAUUGUUUCGUUCUACCAUUAUUGAUUAUUAUUUUAGUUAAAACGACGAAUUCGAAAAUAUGUUUCAUUUUUAGAUUAUAAGAAUAUACAUAUGAUUUAAGAAACUUAAAAAAAGAAAAAAAGAAAAAACACAAGUAUGAAAUUGGAUUAAAAAGUUAUUAAUUUUGAAAUUGUUUAUUUUAAAUUAUGUCUUGAAUCACGUGAAAUUGUAGAAACUUAUCGAAGCUUAAAAAUUAUGCUAUCAUAGUUUAUAUUACUAACAAAUUGUUGUAGUUACACGCAACACAGACUUCGCGACAAUACAACCAUUAUUAUAAAGAAAAA